GUGGAAACGAGCGUUAGGUGGUUGAUUACGUUAGUCGGAGCAGGAAUUAUUUGGUCGGCAACAAUUCGUAGCAACAAAGAAUGAAAAAAUAAGAAAUAUAUAUCGACGUAGUUAUCUCCAAUUACAUCCUACCUUUGUCCUCUCCCUUCUUGUUUUGUUGUAAUACUUCUGAUUAAAUCUUUCGUUUCCUACAAUCAUAUAUGUUCCUCCGCCGGACCGCAUUUAGCAGAAGCUGCCUCCAUAUCCUCCGUCACCAGAGACCGUUCCACUUCACAGCAAGCGCCCACAGCGCUGUCAACGCCGCCAUGGCAGAUACGGCAAAUACAUCGGGCGUCACUGUAGCAUCUCUCAAAGACACACUGAUCGCCAAGCUAGACGCUCAGCAUGUGGAAAUUGAAGAUAUGUCUGGAGGCUGCGGCCAGGCUUUCCAAGCAAUCAUAGUUUCCCCGCAAUUCGAUAAGAAAACCACGCUCGCAAGACACCGGCUCGUCAAUUCCGCGCUUAAGGCGGAAAUUGCGGCUAUCCAUGCCUGGACGCCCAAAUGCUACACACCGGAACAGUGGGAGAACGUACUGAAGGAACAGCAGUCUUAGUUCGGGCGGGGGUUCAUUUUAGAGAGAGAAAUAUAUAUCUGGAUGCACAUCUCGAGCAAGGAUUGGUGUCACAUAUGCGGACACAGGUGUACUAUGGAAGAUUGGAAGGGCGAACUACUUUGGGAUAACCAUUUACCCUCCCCGUCCGCCUCCUCGUUAGUUUUUAUUCAUGUUCUUGUUUUACUAUGAUACACAUGGGUUCCGGCGUUUUGAAUUAUUUUUCCUUGCCACCAUGACCGACACGCGGGGGAUCGGACGGGAGCUUUGCAAAUUGAGAGGAGAAUAUUUGCAUUUUCUAGGUUAGUUAUUGAAAUGCGUAUUUUGUUUAAAUAUAUAAGCGCUACUCUUCAUUAUGGUACAUGCACCCGUAUUUCCUUAGAUAAUAGAACGGGAAUCCGUCAUAAAAAGUUCAAAAGUCUUGUCACUCCUCUCUAUCCCAACACAUUCUCCGCUUUCGACACUACGGCGAGAGUUUGAUCUUAGCAUACUACUUCUUCUGUUUUUAAAAAUUCGGGGAAAGAUUGAGAUAUGCUUUUUGCUUUUUUCCUUACCAUUAAGGCCAGUGUUAUCCGGUUCGAUAAAAGUCUUCUUAACCUUCCCGUCCUCAAUCACCAAAACAUACCGCUUGCUCCUGAGGUUCCCGAAAAUAGCGCUUGCAUCAAAGUCUAGAUCCAGGGCCUUUGUGAAUUCUCCCUUUGGAUCUCCAAGGAAUCGGAUCUACAACAUGUCAGUAGAGUUCGUCUAGUCAGAUAUAGUUAAACGAUUUAAAAAAAACAUGUAAAAAAAGGGCACAUAUGCAGCGAUUUGGAACAUGUUACAUACCCCGCUCUUCUGCUCUGGGUCGACCAUCUUAGACCAUGCACCCGUUCUGUAUCACACAGCAGCCAAACGUUAGUUAUCCAUGUAAAGAGAGUUCGAGGGGGAAGUUUGUGGAGAGAUAGCUUCCAAUCCGUCGACAACGUUGAAGUGCUGUGGGAAUAUGACUGCUUACACAAAUGCGUCAUUGACGGAGACCACGAACACCUUACCCGCAUCCUUCAGGUUCGGGUGAUUGGCGAAGCCGGGAACAUGUGCGGCGGAACAUGCGGGGCCUAUACGAUAUAUUCAUUAGACAAAACUCCAGUUGAGAGGGAAAUGUAGAAGACUAGUGGAGGAAAGGGAGGUAGGGUUUUUAAUCUCCAAUCAAAUGAAAAAGAUU